AUGGUUCGCCCGUCGAGUCGUGCGGUCGCAUUGAACACUCCGAUGGAAACGACAACAAUUCACAAGAUGACGUACGUCAAGCACGAGACACAACAGAGACUAAAACCUGAGCGGAAAAAGUAUCAAAAGCCUGUUAUUAAAAUGAACUGCGAUACAACUUACGCUUUGGAGUUCACUCGGCGUAAUGAUGAUUUCAAAGAGCACAAGGAUUUUGAACGAGCCAAAUCAAUCAGGCCAAAAGCAACAGAGUAUGGCGACAAACUCCCCUUCCAGUCGGUGACCACUCAUACUACCGACUACACACAUAAAUCUGUAUCUCCUCGGCCGUCUGCUAAAAAAGACAACACCUACAAACCAAGUGGAGAAAUCUUCCAGGACGUUUCAACUUUCCAAAAUGAUUUCACUGCUCACAAAGACUUUGUUAGAGAAAAAAGUUUUAAACCAGAACAAAGAUACAUGCCAUCAGAUGAGAAGUUUGAUGGAACAACCAUACACAGUAUGGCAUAUCAAGCUUGGCCUGUACAGGAAAAAGAAAAACCUCGCUGGGCACAGCGUACAACAUAUACACACCCAGUUGGUCAUUACGAACACAAGACAAGCUAUCAAGAUAAUUUUAUUGAUCCCAAAACGGUCUUUGAUCCGAAAAUCCCCAGCAGUUGCCGUCCAGAGCCAUUCCUUCAUGACGGAAACCUAAAGCCGGAUGACGGUAUUCCAUUUGAAAGAAGUACUCAGUAUAAAAACGAGUUUGUGAACUGGGAAGGAACACGGCCUGCAAAGUCUUACAAGCUACAAGUAAAAUACCAGCCACCAAUUACAAAAUUCAUUGCAGAAUCACAUGUAAAGCUCACUACAAAGGAACACGUGCACCAGCAGCAAACAUGUGCAGACCUCUACAGCGCCCUCUCUCAUCAUCCAGUGCUACAAGGUCAAUGA